CUUCUUUCGAGCCCUUCUUCUUAUCCUUGGAAUCGCUUUCUUUCGAACCCGUCCCUUCCGUUGAUUUUGCUUUUUCUUUGGCUUCACCUUCUUUAGAUGCAGCUCCUUCCUUUGAUUUCGCUGCCUUCUCUUUGGCUUCACCUUCUUUGGAUGCUGUUCCUUCCUUUGAUUCGGGUGAUUUCUCCUUGGAUUCAAACCCUUUGAAACCAACACCUUCCUUUGACUUUUCUAUACUGCCCUUUGCUCCAGGCUCUUUCGAUCCUAAGGCUUUCUCAGCAGAAUCCAUUCCCUUUGUAAUGUCCACCGGCCCUUGUAUCGACGCAUAUUUGGAUUGACCUUCUUUAGACCUGGGCUGCCUUCGUCUUCUAGUCCUUCUUUCGGCGUCUGCUUUUUCGUCUAGCUUUCUUUUUCUCACUACAAGGGCUAUGGCAGAUGCAAGGAGAACCAGACAGACAACGGCCACUAUUAUCACAGGAAGCCUGAAAACAAAAGAACUGGUAGUAAAAGGGUGCAAAACAGCUUCCUACACCAUUUUCUGCGCACUGCACCUUUCAAGCGGAGUUCGGGCCGCGCCAUGCAUUCAACUACCGUCUUUGUGUCCUUCUGUGAGCGUGUUGUGUGUGUGUGUGUGUGNNNAAAAAAAAAAAGCAAAAAAUAAAUAUAUUAUUUGA